AUGAAUGAAAAUGAAGGGGCUAGAUUCUUCGCCGCAGCAGGAAGAAUUCUGCGAAGUAUGAGCCAUGAGAUUGAUACUAGAAAUAAGCUUUAG